AUGAUCUCCACAGAUGACUUGGAGUAUCCACGAGAGUACCGGACGCUGGGGAACAGCGCUCGCCGCUUCUCCAAUGUCGGCCUGGUGCAUACGUCGGAGCACCGCCACACCGUCACGGCGGCCCAGAGCCUUGAGGCCCUCACCAACCUGCACAAGGUGGACAUGGAGCGCAAGAGGGACGCCUUCAUGGAUCACCUGAAGAGCAAGUACCAGCAGCAGCAGCAGCAACUGCAACAUCCGCAUCAUAGCCCACACCACACCCCACCGUCUCCCUCACCCUCCCACGCCAGCAUGAGGGGGUCAGAGCGGUCAGAGCGGUCAGAGCGGUCUGCACGAGAACAGGAAUCCCAACAGCAACAGCCCAACUACUGGAGCUUUAAGAGCCGCAGCCCAAGGCAUUCCCAGUCUACCCAGUCUGGGCUUGCCGACCAGGCCGCCAAGCUCUCCUUUGCCUCAGCUGAAUCCCUGGAGACUAUGUCAGAAGCCGAUAUCCCCGUCGGGUUUAACAGGAUGAACCGAUUCCGCCAGAGCCUGCCGCUGUCCCGUUCUGCCAGCCAGAAUAAGCUACGAUCUCCAGAUGAAUUUUCAGGCGUGCUGUUUCUGCAAUACGGAGACGAGACGCGUCGGGUUCACAUCACCCACGAGCUGAGCAGCCUGGACACGCUGCACGCCCUCAUCGUGCACAUGUUCCCUCAGAAGUUGACUGCAGGAAUGCUGAAGUCGUCCAAUACGGCCAUCUUGAUCAAGGACGAGGCACGGAAUGUCUUCUACGAGCUGGAGGAUGUCCGGGACAUCCAGGACCGCAGCAUCAUCAAGAUUUACCGCAAAGAGCCCAUCUACGCUUCCUAUCCUGCUGCACCACACCUGGCUAACGGAGACCUGAGGAGGGAUAUGGUUUACACCUCUCGUGACUCCUCCCCAACUCGCCGCCUCAACACCCUUCCAUCCUCUACGACCUCCAGCUCUCCAUCCCGCUCACGGCUCUCUUACAGCGGCGGCGGCCGUCCUCCAUCCUUCGCCGGAUCCCACUCCCAGCAUGAACAGCCCCGACACCCCCACCAUGCCUCGGCCGGUCACGGUCCAAACGCAGGCCUGUCUCCGUCGCCCAGCGCCAUCCUGGAGCGCCGCGAUGUCAAGCCUGAUGAAGAAGUCUCUGCAAAGAAUAUGGCUCUGAUGAAGAACGAGAGCCUGUAUGCAGAUCCCUACAGCCUGAUGCACGAGGGCCGCCUCAGCAUCGCCUCCACCCAGUCACUAGCUGCCAUCGGAGACCCCUUUAGCUUCCCGGUAACCAGUGGCCUGUAUCGCCGUGGCUCUGUGCGCUCCCUAAGCACCUACUCAGCUGCUGCUCUUCAAGGGGACCUGGAGGACUCCCUUUACAAGCCUGGAGGUUCACUCUACUCUGACACUUACUCCUCAGCCACACUGGGCAUGGGAUUUCGCAUGCCGCCCUCAUCCCCGCAGAAGAUCCCCGAUAUGCAGAUGAGGGACAGGGACUCGUAUUCCAACUCGCCCAGCAGAGCCUCACCUGUCAGGCAGAACUUCCGCAAGGACUCUGCUUCCUCCUCUGUCUUUAUAGAGAGCCCCAAGUCUAGGCCCAGCUCUGGUUCAGAGCCUCUGUGUCUGACAGCCGGGCCCGGGGAGGGCGGCAGGGCCACACCUGGCUUUGGUUCCAUGUCUGGACAGGACCUUGAAACCAGCAGGGAUCAGCGCCUGGAGCGCAUGGAAGCGAUGGAGAAGCAGAUAGCCAGCCUCACUGGCCUUGUACAGAGCGUGUUGACCAGAGCACCAGACAGUGACAGCACAUGCGGCCUGCUGCGUCUCUGCAUGAUGGCGGGCUGCCCUCCAGACCAAGGGACGGAGUUCUCACGGCCCUUACCUUUUUCUUCCAGCGAGAAGACCGAAACCAACAGCGACGGCUCCGCCACUGGACCUGGACGGCUGAAGAAGAAAGCUCAUACACCGUCGGCACCGCUAGCUCUGAUGCCGCCACCACCUUCUAUCCUAACCCCGGUGAACGGUGCUGGCCGCUUGAAGAUGAAGCUCCACCUGAAUGGCCUGCAGCAGAACGCUACCGACCUGCGCAAACAGCUCAGCCAGCUACGCAAGAUGCAGAUGGAGAACCAGGAUUCAGUGCGAACUCUGUUGAAGCGGGCUGAAGCGGAGCUGAACGUGCGCGUGGCUGAUGCCCUCAGGAAGCAGGAGGAUCCUCUGCAGAGACAGCGCCUCCUGGUGGAGGAGGAGAGACUUAAGUACCUCAACGAGGAGGAGCUCAUCAUCCAGCAGCUCCAUGACCUGGAGAAGUCAGUGGAGGAGAUCCAGAAGGAGUCGUCUGUCAACCACAAGCUGGUGACAGUGCAGGAGCUGGAGGAGAAGACCACUCUUCUAAGAAAGCUGGGAGAAACACUCACAGAACUGAAAAAUCAGUUCCCUGGGCUGCAGAGUAAGAUGCGGGUGGUGCUCAGAGUGGAGGUGGAGGCCGUCAAAUUCUUGAAAGAAGAGCCGCACAGACUCGAUGCUCUGUUAAAACGCUGCAAGAGUAUAACUGACACCCUCGCCACCAUGCGCAAACAAGCGAAUGAGGGUGUGUGGAAGAAGCAGGAGGACUUCUCUAGUCCUUCAUCAAAGCACAAAGACGACUUGCGAAAGUAUUCAGACUUUGACAUCCACACCAGCCAACCGCUUACCAUCAAUGACCUUGGGGGAAGCAACAGCCUGUCAAACUGGAGCCCCCACUCCAGCCUCAGCCGGGGCCACGGGAACCUGUCUGGCCCUCACAAGGACAAUCAUCCUCCUGUUCCCCACAAAGGCAAAGCCCUGGAGGAACUGGAACGCCGUGCUUUAGCUGACAAAGCUUUGUCCGUGGAGGUCCGGCUGGCAGCAGAGCGGGACUGGGAGGAGAAACGGGCCAGUCUGACCCAGUACAGCGCACAGGACAUUAAUCGGUUGCUGGAGGAGACCCAGGCUGAGUUAAUGAAAGCUAUUCCAGACCUGGACUUUGCUGCCAAGCAGAUCAAAUCCUCCUCCAACACACCCACCUCCCAGAACCCCCAAAGUGGGGCGGGAACCCCAGAGCACCGUGUCGGCAAGCCCCAGCACAAACUCUCUGGGAAGGAGGGAGGAUCCAGGCGUGGCUCUGAUGAGCUGACUGUUCCACGAUAUCGCACAGAGAAACCCUCCAAGUCCCCUCCUCCUCCACCACCCAGACGUAGUUUCCCGUCUUCUCCAAGCAUAACCAGCCGCAGCGGAGAGCAACUGAUUCCUGGGAAAAGUAUAAAGAAGUCUGAAUCAGAAGAGACUGAAGGCCAGAAGCCGCACGUCAAACUGAGGAGAGCUGUUUCCGAAAACCCCCGUCCUGCAUCCACACCCCCGACACUCGCCUCUGGAGACAAGGAGGAUGGAGAGGAGGAGAAAACUGCUGCCGAAUUGGAGCUGUUUGAGAGAGUCCCAGUCAGGCUUUCUCUUCCGCUUCCCCUUUCCCUGCCUGUUAGUCCUCGCAGCAGGACAAGUGUCCCCCCAUGCAGACCGGACCUGUGGCCCUCUGAGGCCCCAGGCACUGAGGGAAGGUGCUUGUAUCCUGUCCCCCACAUCAUGUUGACAGAGUGUUCCCUGCCUUCACACACCACCUCAGAAGAUCCUGUCAGAGAUUCAGCCAAUGACCCCAUAGAGGACAUUCCAUCCCGCGAUUGGACUGUCCACAACACAGUCUACCAGAUUCCAUUUUCCAAAGAAAGGGAUUCAUUUGGAAGCCCUCCUCAGCGCAAGCAGCUUUGUGUUAAGGAGGAGUUAAGACAGGAAGUGGCCCUGCUGUUGACAGAGCUGGAGGUGAGGGUGGUGUCUCCUGAUGAGGCCGAGGAGCUCAGCAGGACUCUUGGAGAAUCCCUGCAGACCCUCAUCGUCUCACCACAGACCAAUGAUGUUCCUGCGGUCCAGCUGAGGGACCGCCCUCUCCUAGUUCUCAUCAAUGAGGGAAAAACUGUCAAAGAUGCCUACACGCUGCUGCAUAACCUUUUGGAGUCAUCCAAGCCGGUGCCCAAACCCAGAAUAAAAUCCUCCCUCCACUCGGGCCAGCAGUGCUCUCUGGUGGAAGCUCUGAGGAGGGGGAUAGAGACGGGGGAUAGAGUACUGAUACUUCAGCGCAACACUGAAAUUAAGAUUCCUGAGGAGAAAUCUGGGAACAUCACUUUUAAGUCGAGUGGAUCAGCUAGCUCUGUGGAUAGUGUGUCUAACCAGAACCAGAGGAAAGCAGGAGAAGAUAUCCGCUUCAGCACCUACAGGAGGCUGGACAGCUUGGAGGAGACUAUUCGUGAGCUGGAGAACACCUUGAUAGAGAUCAGCGGCCAUCCAAUGGCAGAGCAGCUCUACACUGAGACGACCACCACCAGCACUACGACCUCACAGACCAAGAAGCCACCGGUCCCGCCCAAGCCGCCGUCUUUCAGCCCAGCAUCGAUCCAGGUCGUCCAAUCCUCCGCUGCCUCCAAACUGAAGCACCUGCAGCAGAACAGCACAGACAAGACUAAAAGUGGCAGAAGAGAGGACUUUGUGAAGAUCCAGGGCCAGCAGCAGCAGUGAGCGACCUGCCUUGUCGAGCCUCUUUAGCUUCCUUCUCCUCCCGUUUGCCUGACAAGAGAUCUACACACAUCCAUCCACCCGUUUUACUUUACCAGCUUCUUUCAUAUCUCCAGUGUUUACUCUGAAAUCUGUGUGCAAGCAUGCAUGCCCGGGCAUGUUUGACUGUGAUGGUAAGGGAAGGAGCUGCAGCAGACGGUUGUCAACCAAUUUUAAGACUUUAAUUGUUCAUGAUUUUCCCUUUGACCCCUGAAAACCUCCCCCCAUUCCCCUGCCCUACUUCUGUGUCCCCGCUCUAACCUGAAGGCCUUGCAGACCA